AUGUCGCAUCAAAUGGCGCCAUGGGUACCUAUGUUUAUUCAAUCGUGCAAAAAUAACACAGAACCUUUUGUAUCAUUUCAAUUUGCUACUGUUGACAAACUAACGAACAAACCACGUUGCAGAACGGUAGUGUUUAGAGAUUUUUUAUUUCAUGACAAAAGAACUAAUGUGUUGACUUUUAACACUGAUAUGAGGAGCUCAAAGAUAACUGAAUCAUUCAUAACGCCAAAUUCAAAUAAAUCUGGCAGCAGUAAAAGAUGUGAGACUCCAUUUUUCGAAGCAUGUGUAUAUUUCCCCGAAACUUGGGAACAGUAUCGGUUCAGUGGCCAGUGCUUUACAAUAUCUAGACAAUUUAAGGAAAUACCGGCUGAUAUUGUAACCAAGUAUGAUAUAUUUUCACCGCGGUUUUCAGAGACAAACGAUGACAGUACUGACGAAGAAAUGGAUACUUCAAUUAACGACGACAACGAUAAAAAUAAUGACGCCGACAAUAAUGACAUUAACGAAGAUAACAAACUUAUAGAAAUCAUAGACAGCGAUGAACACCAUGAGGUGGAAGAUGAUUACUACCCGCAACCACAAGAAUGGGAGGCAGAAUUACUAAGACAAUGGUCCUCUUUAUCAAGGCAUACCAAAUCAUUGUAUAGAAAGCCAGCACCAGGCCAAAAACUUACCUCUGAAACUAGCAAACAAUUGGACAAACUCCAUAGGGGUGUUGAUGGUGCUAAAGAGGAUGCCGGCCUAGAAAAUUUUGGUAUUGUCUGUCUAUGUGUUGAGUCCGUUGAUUUUUUGAACUUGAAAGAGGGAAGAGGUGGUGAAAGAUGGAUUUUCCAGAAAACUGACGGCAAAGACGAAGAUCUGUGGGAGGAACAAGAAGUUUGUCCGUAA